GACCAAGAAGCUGACGCGGAAAACUGGAACCGCAUCGUUUUUUUUCCCCCCACAACCGGCAUGUAAAUACUACUUUAAAGCGCUUUGCAUAGAUAACGCUAACUCAGAUUUAAUGUUAAGAACAGCUCAUUUAGAUGCGUCCGAACCGCGCAGCACUUUAAUUUUAGUGGGAAGCUUGCUCGCGAGUGGCUGAAGCCUGUGUCCUGAUAUGAAACUGGGUCUGAAGUGAUUUCUGGAGAUGCUGUCCACCGGUCCAGAGCUGCGGCUACUGCGGCUUUUGUCUUGUGUAACUUUUGUUUUACUUUUUCAAGUCUGCGACGGCAAGAGGGAUUUAAAAAGCGCCUGUACCACGUGCCAGCAAAUAACUGAUAACUUCAACAAGGGCUUUGACAGAACAGCAAAGCAGAACUUCGGCGGAGGCAACACAGCCUGGGAGGAGAGGAAACUGUCCAAAUAUGAAACAAGCGAGAUCCGUCUGAUGGAGAUCAUGGAGGGGCUGUGCGACAGCAGCAGCUUUGAGUGCAACCGCAUGUUAGAGGAGCAUGAGGAGCAUUUCGAGACCUGGUGGUUCAAGAGGAAAACAAAACAUCCUGACCUGCAUAAGUGGUUCUGCAUUGACACCAUCAAAGUAUGCUGUCCAAAGGGAACAUUUGGACCUGACUGCAACGCCUGUGUGGGCGGAUCUGAGAGACCUUGUCACGGAAAUGGGCUGUGUGACGGCGACGGGACUCGCGGGGGGAACGGACAGUGCAGCUGCAACCACGGUUACAAAGGGGAGUUCUGCCUCGACUGCAUCGACGGCCACUUCAGCGAAGUGAGGAACGACACCUUCUCCCUCUGCACAGAAUGCCACUCUUCUUGCAAGACCUGCACCGGGGCAACCAAUCAGGACUGUGAUGAGUGCAAGGAAGGCUGGGAGGAGGAUGACCAGGAAACCUGUGUCGAUGUGAACGAGUGCUCUAAAGACACUUCUCCAUGUAAAGAAGAUCAAUACUGCCUUAACACAGAAGGCUCCUACUCCUGCAAGGCUUGUGACAGAGUUUGCUCUGGCUGCACUGGAGCCGGUCCUGAUAAGUGCCAGGCCUGUGCCAGCGGGUACCAGGACACUGAGGGCACCUGCACAGAUGUCGAUGAGUGUUCCCAGUCAGAGCCUGUAUGCACGAAGGAGCACCAGGAGUGUGUCAACACUACAGGCAGCUACGUGUGCAUCUGUUCGAGUGGCUUCGAGGAGAAAGAUGGCGAGUGCAUCCAAACACAGCAGCCAGAAAAAGAGGAGGGGUCAGAAGAAUCCGAGACGACCACAAGUCCACACGGCGAGCUUUGAUGUCAGACCUGGGACCAUUAGGAGCGAAUCAGGAAAAAUAAUGUUGAAAUUCUGCACAUCUGGAGCUGCUCCGACUACAUGCACUUAGAUACCAGCUGCACCUAGGACCAACAGAAGCUGCCGAGACAGCACUGAAUCAUGGACUAAAGGACAAAGAAAAAAGAGACAUUUUAUGCUCUGUUUGCUGGUCGUUGUUUCUUUUCUCUGCUGUGUGCAAACUACCACUUGUUGUCUUUUAUUUGUUGUAUGGUUUUAAAAAUUGACGGUGUUUCAAUAAAGGUGGAUUAUGUUGAAUUUAAGAAAAAUCCAAGUCAUCA